CUUUCAAGAUGAAAUGUCUGUUCUUGGUCUCUGAUUUUAUCAAAGAAAUUUCCCCCCAAAAAUGUGACUUCAUUGUGCAUUUUUGGCUGGUGAGACUGAUACUCCGGAGGAACUUGUAGUCCGGAAAAUACGGUAUUUGUUAUUAUUUUGUUCGCAGAUUUUAAAUGUUAUAUUCCAGUAUUUAAGUGUAUACACUACUUUUCUGACAUCCCAUACUUAGUAAAAGCUAUCAUGUAUGCAUCAUUAUGUACAAAUUGAACAAUUUCCACAAACUAUGCAUCGUUUGGCAGAGACAUGAUGUGGAAACAAAGUACAAAUUGGACUUCUUUUCCUCUUUGUAGUCAAACUUUCAUGUUGCUGUACCCCACAUCCAUUAUAGGUGCAUUACUGUCCCCUUAAUUAACCCAGAACUGAGUUAAAUGGAGCGACAUGAUCAAGGCUUAGGACCAUCUGGGAGACCUGAUGCGCUUAAUGCACAUCUGGACUUGACUAAGCGUGAAGUUGUUUGGGUAUUGAGUUCAUGACUGCCAUCAUUAAAAUUACAUGCAGAGCUGAAUCAAUGCACAGAUUAUAAUACAUUAUUAGUAUUAUUAUGAUGACAAUAAGUGGUGCUGUAUGUCCUUGCAUCUAAAUUACAUUUUUUUUUAACCCAAAAAUAUAAGAACACCACCACUGGCUAGCAUAUGUUACCAAUGGUGGUUUGAAAGAACAGAUUGUACAAAAAAUGUCUAUAGAGUUAAACCGCAUAGAAAUUGGCGGACAGAAUAACAUGAUUGGUCACUCACAGCUGCCUGGUAUUCACGUACAUGUCCAUAGCGUGUACACACACACACACACACACACACACACACACUCACACACACAAAAGCAGUCCAUGAGAGGCAAUCAACAAUUUUCAGUCAUGCUGUUGUCAUAAUAGCUGUACAUUCAAUAAAAACUAGGAGUUGUCACAAAAACUCUCACUCACGAGGACGAGAUUUUAAUGUUAAUUUAAAAAAAAAAAGUACAAUGAAAAAAUAUGACUGGACAAAUAAUGUUUAAAUUUAAGAGUCACAAAACAAUACAGGUGCGUAUUCAAAUGUUUAUUGGAAAUGGAAUUUGUGACUUUUUUUCACAGGCAAUUCGUUUUUCAAUAGGGGUGUCAGCAUAGAUAGAUAGAUUAUGCCUUUUUGCUCUAUUUUUCUUCACUUUAGCUGGGUUUUUGUUGAUUUUGUUUUUGUACUGAGCCAUGUUCCACAGAUGGCCGCUGUGCCACAAUUUGGACACCUUGCAUGAUAUGCCAGGAAGGCGAGAUGUUAUCAGGUGAUGGAGGAGUGUGGCCAAGCUUCUUGGUUCUGUCGCUGGUCAGGGUUUGGAUUGCAUUAUGGUGGGGUUUAUGCAGCUUUCAGACCUGCAUUGCAUGGUGACACAUGUGCACAUUCUGAGGUGCAGCUCGACUCCACUCGCCUGCAUGGUGGAUACUUCAAAAUUUGUUGACUGCUUGUAUUUAACUCAUUCAAUGCCAAAGGCCUAUUAAUACGUUUUUAUACACCGUCUUACAGGGUGAACGUUAUCCCAAAGUCUUACGCUUUUUUGCGCGAGAGGCAAAAAGAGGGGAUGACGCAACUGCAGCGUAAAAUAAGUCACUUCUGAAGUCGGUGGCAAAAGGUGGCAGAAGUGUAUUUUGAUAAGGGCUUUGCACAGAUAUUUUGCAUGUAAAAGCACACUCGACAGCAAGGACGAUGUGGAAGAGCAUGGAGGAGUGUAGCGUGCAGAAUGUUACGCAUUGUAGGGAAACUUUAACGCAUGCACAUGCACACCCACGCGUGCACACACGCAGUUUAGUUCCAAAUGUGAAAACUGUAAAUAGUUCAUGGUGUUAUAUUGCAAAUAAAUUGUUAUCUUGUGUUAGGUAAAACAAACAUUUUGUGUGUGUGUGUGUGUGUUUCUGUUGUGGUAUGGUUGUUUAGAUAUUUGAGCUGUCACAAAAGCAAGAAAUUUGUGUGAAAGUGAAACUUAUGCUUGAAAUGUAUCUUUUCACAAAAAUCUGUUUUCUCCCUUUUUUUGUUGGGAACUGAUAUUUUCCUGAAACUUCCCUGUGUUCUACUGCUGAUUACUAAAGAACAGAAAAAGGUAGAAACAAACUUUUUUUUCUGAUGAAAGACGAGACUCUAAUCUUUCUUUUGGUAGGUUCUAUGUUUACAGUAUAUAGAACAUAGUCUGUGUGCCUUGAAAAAUGAAAAAUCUUCAAAAUCAUCUAAAAUGGUCGGUACUGAAGGGGUUGAAUUUUGAAAAACGUCUGGGAUUGAAUGACACACCUCUUCUACAUAUGAGAUGUGCUAAUAAUACUCUCCCUUAAAGCUCGUCCAAAAACUCGGGCUUAUGAAAACUUUUGCUUGCACCUAAAGUAAAAAUAUGGAAGCUGUCGUGCUCCAGGGCUCCCCCAAGAGUCAUGGAGUAUAAAUGACAAUAAGAGGUGUCCAUGCUGUUUCGGCAACAUUAUAUACAGUACUGCAAAAGGUAUAUGUGGUCGCUAUGGCAACAGCAGACAUUUCCAGCCAGUGCUAUCAUAAAGCUGUAAAAAGAAUUCUACCUUAAAUUUUUAGAACAAGUGAAUACUUCCCGUUUUCUUUGCUUCUCAUGUUAUUGUUCUCUUCAAACUCUUAUCUUCUUCUGGAAAAAUAGUUCUUCUUUUGGAAAAAUAAAUAAAAAGUAAGACCAAUGUGCAGUUAGUGAUCAACAGAUUGAAAUAAUGAACAAUGUUGAUGAGUUGUGUAAUGUGUUUUCAAUGAGAGAUAGUGAAGUAGGGUUCUGUUAUUCAUGCUCAAAUGGACCACAUAGUUCGGUCCGUAACGCAGCCCACAGUGUCAGUACAGUGUCUUUGAUCUCCCACUGUGUGAAUCCAUUAGCAGCCAGGCCUCAGGAUGAAGGCCACAGGGUAUUUGCAGGAAAAAGAGAAUCAGCAUUCAGUGAGUUACCGCUCAAAAUCUCUCAUUCUUGUUCCUCAAUGGGAAACGAGCGGCUUUCAUACAGCAACAAUUUUCCUUGCCUCCAAGGUACUCCAAGCACAACCCUCAUUCACCCGUUCAAACAAUACCGAUUAUGUAAGUGACCAUGGAAAGAAAUUAGCCUGUGUCUAAUGUAUCUACAGCAGUGUUUUUCAACCACUGUGCCGCGGCACGCUAAUGUGCCGUGAGUGAUUGUCUGGUGUGCCGUGGGAAAUGAUCCAAUUUCACCUAAUUAUUAUCUGCAAAUAAUGUGCAGUUGUCGACUGUCUGUGCUGGCUAGUAGUGAUCGGCAGCGCAACCAUGUAAUACACUACCAUAUCAGUAGGUGGCAGCAGGCAGCUAAUUGCUUUGUACAAAAGAACUCAUGUAUGGAUGUGUCAGAUGGCGCUGACAGUGGCAUUGUGGCUAGCGAAACAGUGAUGAUGUUUUUGAAAAGGAAAGAUGCUAACUCUGAAGUGGACCGUGGAAAAAAAUUUGGACCCAGAUGAAAGCCCGAGUCUGAGUGGAGGUCAAAAGAAAGCAAAGAUGGAUAGUUCAAGCAAAAUGUCUUGCGCGAGGCAGUAUAGCGAAAGCCUUCUUUCAUUUGGAUUUACUUUCACUGGGGAUGCAAGGACACGACUAUGUUGUGCUUGGUGUGUGGUGAAAAGCUAUUCAGCAAUGCUAUGGUCCCAAGUUAGCUUAAACGCCAUCUCCAAAAGAGACCGAGCGUUGUUGAGGAAGAGCUUCGUGUGUGUCUUUCUUCGAUUCCUGCCAGGAUAUCAGCUCUGUGUUCAUCCAAACAGAGCAUGGUUGACAGAGAUCCAUGAGUACGCCCAGCAGGACGUAGUCAUCAUGCUGCUAGGCAACAAGGCAGAUUCCAGCCACGGCAGGGUAGUGAAGAGAGAGGAGGGAGAGAAGCUGGCAAAGGAGUUUGGGGUGCCAUUCAUGGAGACCAGUGCCAGGUCUGGACUGAAUGUAGAGCUGGCCUUCACUGCUGUGGCCAAAGAACUGAAACACAGGACCAUGAAGGAGCCUGAUGAGCCAAACUUUCAGUUGCAGGACUAUGUCAACAAAGAAAUGAGAACGUCUGGCUGCUGCCGGUCAUAGAUGAUGCCUUUGUGCGAGUAUAUGUGUGUAUAUGUAUGAGGAGGUAAGAGAGAGUCCCAUCAAAUAUGUAAUAAGUCUGUGCACCAGAGACUUUUUAUUGUUCCUCUAUUGUCUCUCUCAAGUUUAAUGUCCCUCUGCUACUGUGAAUGUAAUACAACUUGUACAUGCAGGCUUGUAUGCACAUGCAUGUCACUUCCACAGUUUUAUUCUCUGUGUUGGCCUCCCUCACAGCCUCAUUGAAUGUGUUCUGUGCUGUGAUGUGCACAUUUGAAACGCCAGCUUAGUUUUGUGAAAGUCUUGUUGAAAUAAAAAUGUAAAGAUAUAAUACUGACAUGAAAAGAAAACCAUUCGGUGUCAUGUCAGAGAAACUGAAAUGUAAACGGAAGAACCUUUUGUACAGAUAUUUGAAUGCAACUAAUGUAAGCUGUUUUUGUAACAACUGUGUAUUAUGUGUAUUCAUAUUAUACACUACUGGUUUUAGAACACUCCAAUUUCUCUGGAGGAAAAGCCUAUAUUUUUAAGUGUUAAGAUGGUCUGUCUCUCUUCCAUUGUAAAUUCCCUUUUUCCUUACCGUUUUUGUAGCAACAAAUGAUUUUCUCCAGUACAAUGCUGUUCAACUGAUGUUCACCUGGGUAUAGCGCCACAGUGUGUUCCCAACACAUGCAGACAGAGUAGGUCUCCACAACUUGGAACACCUGUAGGAAUUAGUUGCACCAACUGCCAAGGCUUGAUUGUCCUCCAUUUCUGCAGAACAGCUUAAAAUUGCUGAUCCAUUUUGUGGUCCCUGAAACAGGCCUUUUUUGAAUAAUUCUGAAAGAUACAUUAUUUUUUAGUUAUGGGUAACCUUACCUUUUUUUUUAACCUCUGGCACUUAUAAGUGGUGAAGUAAAUAGCUUGAAAUGAAUUGCUUGAAAUGGUACAAAGGUGUACCAUUUCAAGCUUGAAUUUCAAUAAAUAACUAAGACUUGAAUUUCAAUAAAUAACUGGAAAAAUUGGGGUGUUCUAAAACAUUUUUCCGGUAGUGUAUUGAUUAAAUGGAUUUAUCUUUAAAACAAAAACAUGUACAGUUAGUAACUCAUCUAUCUGUUGUUAACUUGUAUUACACGUAUUGUAACUGAAUGGAAAUGCUAUUUACAUAAAAAAAAAACACUAAAAGAACAUGAAGUGUUUUUCAGAAGAAAAACGCCGCCAUCUUCUGUCAGUUUAUUGUCAUUACACUGCAAUCAUCCGCUGAAUAGACAUUAAUUUAACGAUGUAUUCAUUCUAGAAGUGUCAAAAAACAUUUCUGGACUUUUAUUUGAUAUUUUAUAAGUAAUUUACUGCAUUGGCUACCAGGAAAGAGAAGCAAAGGCAACAAUGGCAAUUUAGCUCAUUUUAAGAUGGCUUUGAUGCUAGCUACGAAGCUUUUUUUGCCAACUGGUCUGAUGUGGUUUUGUUUGAAGUUUGUUUAUGGUAAUACUUUUAACUUUUAAAGUUGAACUUUGAUUUAUUUCUAUUUAUUUGUUUAUUUCUGUUACUCAAUUACCGAGUAUAUGUUGUAUGGUUCAUUCACCGUUGACAUGUAUAAAUUCCAACAGCCUGUAGAAUAUCUAUCCUGUGUCUCCAUAAGAGGGCGCCUUGGCACCAUUUGUAAACGGCUUACAAUUUACUGUGCGGUGGUCUCUAAAAUUCAUAGUUUAGUCUGUUGCUAAUGUGUAAAACAAAUACAAGCAAAAUAUCAAAUUAAAACACUGUACUAAACACACAAAAGGAAUAUUGACUCGCCAUCGGUGUGAGCCUGGAGUUUGUUUUCCAUGGAGAAGAUAACUAACAGCGUGGUUGAAUGUGCGUGACAGGUGCAGCAUGUUUUUACCAUCCAUUGUUUUGGUGGUGGUCAGCGCGGAAAUCCAGUCUUGCUCAAGUAAUUGGACAAGAAGAGCAACAACGUUCCUAAUGCCAUUGUGGAAAGCAUAAAGGGGGGGAAACCUAGGAAGAUUCUAAGACCGACACGGGCCCAAUAAAUAGGUAAACCAAUUUUGCCAUCUGAUUGUGAUUUUUUUUAAAAUAUAGUCAGAAAACGAUUAAAACAAUCUCUUGUAUUUGGUAGUAACAGUUAAAUAUCCACAUUGACCAAAUGUAAGCUUCCGUAUUGACAGACCACCCCCCACAUGAAAUGGUUUGGUCCACUACCACCGUCACAGUGCUGCAUAGCUGUAGCCUGUUGCCUGUCAGUCAGCAGUUGCAGCAGAGCAGAGUGAAACUAUGCUGCUCGUGCCUUGCAAAAUAAAGUCUGGGAAUGAAAAAAGGAAAGAGAAAAAGCGUGUCGUGUGACCCGUUUUUUAGCCUUUCCAGUGUGUGUCGUGGAAAUGAACCUGUUAAUGUCCACAGUGAAAUAAGACAGCAGUGCGUUGGCACGUUGUAUUAGCCUACAUGUCAGUCCUUUUU